GCAUGUCAGUUGCUUUGCUUGGCUUGGUGGCUUGGUGGUUUUUUUUCUUGUGAAGCGAUUGACAAAUUUGCCGAUUUUUAAGUUAAAUUGUGUCUGAAAAGGGAUGUAACGUUUUCUCGAUCGUAAAAAAAGUCUAAGGAUUGACAUUGUAGAAUCAAAGAAAACGACAAAAAAAUUAUUUAAAUUAUCAAAUAAAAAUGGGUAUUGCACCGGACACGCUGGACGAAAGUAAGGAGAAAAAGGAGGAUCUGGUUAAAAAGAAUGAGAGUGGCGAUGAAAGUACGGAAGAUUCUAACCAGGACGGAAAAAGGAAAAAGAAGAUUGCUGAAAAUAGUCCGGCAAAGAAAUUCAAAAGUUCCUCGCCAAAAGUCGAAACUUCGGAAAAUAAGGAAGAGAAAAUGGAAGUAGAUUCGGCAGAAAUUGAACCAGAACCCGAGCAUUCAAAAAAGAAUGAAAGUAAUAAAGAGAGCGAUGAUGAGUUAGAAAAAGAGAAGUCAAAGAAAGAAAAGUCGCCUGAUAAUAGCGAUUCUGAAUCUGAAAAAUCGGCUGUGAGUGACAUUAAAAAAAAGGAAAAUCAAACUAAAAAGGCUGAUUCUUCCGGCGAGGAAAAUGCAGUUGAGGAAGAAAAGGAAAAUGAGCAAGGAACUGAAGACGAGGAAGAGAGUGAUUCUGAUAAGAAAAAGAAGAAGCGGAUCGUGAAAAAGACGGAAAUGCCGAAAAAAAAGGCUGAAUCUUCGGAAGAAAGUGAUGAUGUCGCCAAAAAAUCGAAAGCAGUGAAAAAAGGAGUGUCGAAGGAGAAAGUGACACCAAAAAAGGAUGAAUCUUCAGAAGAAGGGACCGGAAGUGAAAGUGAGAACAGGCAGAAAGCAAAGGAAGUAAAAAAAGAAUCGUCCGAGGAAAAGGAGAUUCCAGAAGUCAAGGAGUCUUCUGAGAGUGAGGAAGAGAGCGAUUCUGCCAAGAAAAAGAAGAAACCGGAAGUGAAGAAGCAGGUUUUGAAGAAGAAGGAAGUGAAAAAUAAAAAAGCAGAAUCCUCCGAAGAAAGUGAGAGUGAAGAAGAGAGUGAUGAUGCCGAUAAAAAGAAAUCAAAGGCAGUAAAAAAAGGUGCGGGCAAGAAAAAGGAAGAUAGUUUUUCCGAAAGCGAGGAGGAGAGUGAUUCUGCCAAGAGAAAGAAGAAACCGGAAGUGAAGAAGCGAGUUCUCAAGAAGGAUGAAUCGAAAGCGGUAAAAAAAGGAGCGUCCAAGGCGAAAGUGACGCCAAAAAAGGCUGAGUCUUCCGAAAGCGAGGAGGAGAGUGAUUUCGAUAAGAAAAAGAAGAAGCCGGAAGUGAAGAAGAAGCGAGUGUUGAAGAAGAAGGAAGUGAAAAAUAAAAAGGCUGAAUCUUCCGAGGAAAGUGAUGAUGCAGCCGAGAAAUCAAAAGCAGAUAAUUCAUCGGAAAGUGAGGAGGAGAGCGAUUCUGCUGGGAAAAGGAAGAAACCGGAAGUGAAAAAAGGAGUAGUUGCCAGGAAGAAGGAAGUGAAAAAUAAAAGAGCUACAUCUUCGGAAGAGGAGGCCGGAAGUGAGAGCGAGGAGAAGAGUGAUUCCGAGAGGAAGAAGACAAAGAAGCAGGUGAAAAAGCGAUCGCCUGUGAAACCGGAAAUUAAAAAAGAGAAGGCGAAGAAGGAGGUGAAAAAGCGAACGCCCAAGAAGAAGGAAGUUAAGAAGGAAGAGUCGUCGGAAGAGGAGAGCGAAAAUGAGGACGAGAAAAAGGUGGUGGAAAAGUCGGUGAACGAGAAAAAGGGGAAUAAAAAGGAGAAGGUUGUGUCGGCAGGCAGUAGUGGGGAUGAGGAUGAAAAAACCAAGACUGUGGAUAAAGAGUCGGGCGAAUCAGACGAGGAGAUGGAGGUGGAAAGUAAGAAAGAAGUCAAGAAAAGCAGCAAAGAAGAAAGUAAAAGUAAGGAGAAAGAAAGCGAAGAUGAAGAAUCUUCUUCCGGAGUUGAAAGCGAGCCUGACGAAGAUAAAGAGGAUAGAAAGACGAAGAACAAGCGGAGUAGUAAUCCUGACGAUGACAAAAAGAUAGCCGCUCUGAAAAAGUACAUAAAGGCCGCUGGUUUGAGGAUAGCCAAUUACGCGAGUUUUUGGAAAGAUUGCAAGUCGAAUAAAGCGCGCAGAGAACGCAUGCAGGAAUUUCUCGAGAAGAAUGGUGUUCAUGGCCGACCAACUCUCGAGAAAUGCGCUAAGGCCAAGAAGAAGAAUCAAAUUUCAGCCGAGAUUAAUUCUCUCGAUCAGAAGAAUAUCAUUUCUGGAGAACGCGCUACCCGUAGGAGUAGAACGCGCAAGCCGGAAACACCGUCUCGUUCAUCCCGUUCUUCUGAAUCGCCCACACCAGUGGAUCAAGGCGUUUUCAAACGACUAAAAGUUCUUGUCGACAGCGAUUCUGAUUAGUAGUGAUUGAGUCUCAUAGUUUUUAGAUUUUUCAUUAUACAUUGUCUUGUAAAAAGUGACUUUAGACGUAAGAAUUACAAAUAACCCAUUUCCAGUGUUUAGAUAAUUUAAUUUGUAUUUCAAGACUAGGCUUUUCUCUACUAGAUGUGAUCAUUACAUUUGUUUUGUACUCCCAAACUCUUCUGUUUAUUUAUUUUUUCUGUCUCACAUUAUCUUCUUAAAUUAAAUUAGUUAAAUUUCGCUUUUCCGGUUUUCAAUUUUUGUAUUUUAUGUUCAGUAAAUUCGGGAAAAUCGAAUUUAUUGUGUGGAAAAAUAGUUUUUCAGUUACGAAGAAACCUGAGAAGUUCCUCGUAAUUAAAAAAAAAUUCUCGAAUUAUAGCUGAAUAAUUGUUGAGAAAACCUUUUCUCACUUCAAAAAAUUGUAUUUUUUUUAAAACUUUUUUCGAAAAUAAAUGCGUCACCAAA